AUGGCCAAGCCAAGACUUUUCCGUUAUAUUUAUACCCUACUCAAGGUUUUGGAUUCAGUUGAUGCUAGCUUGCUCACAAUGUUUUUCAAUUUCCAAAUGGAGCAGAUCCGAAAUUUCACUCUAACCGUUGUUUCAGCUGAAAACCUGGAUGACAUCCGGAAUUUGGGGAGGAUGAAGGUUUACGCCGAGGUUUCUCUCAACGCUGAAAAACACACGACCAAGAAAACCAACGUUGACUCACUCGGAGGCGUAAACCCUAGCUGGAAUUUCCCUGUGAAAUACAUGAUAUGCGAGUCGGCUUUCACCGGAGCUCAGAAACCACUAACGGUGGCGGUAAAACUCUAUUGUGCCCGCACACGAGGCCGGAAGUUUCUGGGGCAAGUCGAGAUCUCAGCUCAAAGUCUCUUCAACUCUUGGGCUGGGGGUGUUGUAGAGCAUGGCUUCGUGGUGGCGGGUGCUCGAGACGCAAGGCUCAACAUCAGCUUCAAUUUCGAGGAGCCGUGCUUGUUCGAGGAGCCCGUUCAAACACAGGAGUCGGCGGCUUGGAGGAAGAAGGCCGCAAUCAUGAUUGGCCAGAUGGUUUUCAAGUACGGGAUAUGGUUCUUCUUAACCGCUACUAUUUAA